CCGGCACAGGCGGGUGAUCCCGUGAGAAGGCUUCCUCGAAAGACAGAGGUUUAGUUCCAAAUAGGGACUUACCAUUCAAACAGAGAUUCUCUCCGACACAGCUCAUCCAGAUUUGGCACGAAUGUGCGCAUAUCACGAGCACACGGAGAGUUCCUCGUGAGCCGUAUGCCCUUAUUUCGAACUUAUUUGGUGGCACAGUCCGGAAUGGAUAUGAGAACUCUCAGAUCGUGGGCGGAGAUCGGAUCGGUGGAAACAAAAGGCUGGCGUAUUAAGACAUAUCACGUCCCCAUUGGAACAGAUGUCGAAAAGGUACUCCAGCAUUUCCUCGAUAUCUGUUCUCAGAGAAUGACGCGAGACUCGUCACACAUGUCCGCUUCCAAAUGGAUAGCGGGCUAAGAUAUUCACCCUUAUUCGAGUUCACGUCGAGGUAGAUCUUCAUCAGGAGGAUCAGUUUCCUUGAUACCGAGGUAGAUCGGUUUAGAGAGUCGAAGCUCGGCUUGCAGUUUGGGACAUCCUGUUCAAGACAGUGCCUACCUCCUUCUGACUGCAGUUCUGGACUUUCGCAUAGGCGGUCCCUGUGCAACAUCCGACUCAGGCUAAUAUGGGUCUGCUCAUUUUGGACGAGAGAUUUCAACAGGAAGAUGAAGUUUAAACCCCAAAUGUAAAGGUGAAAUUCAGAAUUCAGAAAGGAGAAAUUUCUCAGGGAAAUUUUGUUUCAAGCGACAAUAUUCGAUGACGUCGGCCCGGGGCCUCUAAGUACAAAAUUGUUUAGGAAUCCGGGGCUCGACCUGCGGGCCUUCCAUGCUUCUAACUGAUGGCUACAGGCCCGCAGAUUAGACACGACGGCUGCUAACUAUAGCGCGAAGACUAGCUGCAGAGCAUUCUGAAUUUAUGUGUCCUGGCGGAGAGGUACACGGCUACGAUUUUACUUGCCCUGGUUAGCAGGUUCAAAGCGCUGAAAACUCCAAGUUCAUACAAUUAGAACCCCUUUGGUUCGAAGUAGAGCGCUUCGUGGGAAGCCGGACACAUAUUGCAGUCUUUUAUGAGAUAUAAGGUAAAUUUAACCUUCGAUUGUUGGGUUGCGUUCGAGAAUAGCUUGAUAGUGCCAACCGAUGCUCUUGAGUUCCAGCGAAGAAUGUGGACUGAGGGCCAGGUCCAGCUUCUUCGAUAUUCCGGCCUCGCUUUAGCCAUGGGAGCCGAACGGCAUUGUCGUGUGGAGCCUGAGAUCAGGUGGGCGAAAGUUAGAGAACCAAAACAUUUGGAGCUGAAUUAGCCUGCAGACGGUGCUUACCCGAUAUGUGGAACUUUUCGGAAAAUUUAAGAAGACCAUUUUGUAAGCGACAGAGCAUUCCAACCCUCGAGAACGUCUUGUGCCGAGCAGCCCCUGCAUUCCGAAUAAGCUUCAACCUUCAUCGAAUGCCGCGACAGUGAUCCACAAAUUGCAUAAUUGAUAUGGGCAAAAUUAACAUGGCCAGCGUGCAUUUACAGUUCUUUGAUGAUAUUUUGGUAGAGGUUUUCAGGUCUAGCCAUCAGCAUUGGCUCUUUCAUUCAUUGUUCAGAGCUAAAAAAUACUCCAAAAUUUUACUUACAGUCCUUAGAAGAGUCAAAAAGUGGAUUAGCUAGUGCUCUCAAUUCCUGUAAGUCUGUGGCGGCCAGUGAGACAAGACCAGCCCUUGUGUUAUGAGUAAUGGUGAAUUUCAGUUCAUGUUCAGUAAUGACGAUUCAAAGUUCAUAGUACUGCUUACGAUCAGUCUUUGAGAUACUUGCUGUACAGAAAUCUCAAUUGUGCAGUCUUAGAGUCCAUCCGUCCUGGGAGCACUUUGCGACUUCAUGGACUCCUUGGUUAGCUCGUGACAGAGUCAAGCAUUCCUCAGACAGACAGACAGAUGCACGGUCGUGCAUCUGUCUGUAGUCUAAAAUGAGCUGGUAUCUCAACAUCAACUUGUGAGAAAAAAUAUGAAAGUUAGUUAUAAUUGUCAGCUUACUGGAGUAGUUCCUGCUCUCAAGGUCUUUUUGCAUGACACAGUUGUAAAAUAUCUGUAAAAGAUGUAUGAGAAGGUCCGAUCAG